AGGAAGACACACAGCCAUUUUCUGGAUUCUCUCUACACAGAAUACAGGUCAUUUUUUAACAAAUUCUGCUGAACAACUGGAUCAGGAAAACAAUAAACAUUCUUGGAUGUUUCCUAUUUACUGGAUUAUAUGUACCAGCCUUUCAAGGGGAGAUUUUGUGGAAGAUUUCAUAUGCAAAAAAUGAAACCUCAUACACAGACAUACAAAGGAAUCAGAUGGCAAGUAAUAUUUCCCUUCUUAUUAUCAUGGCUGUGUCAUUCAGUCUCUGGUCAGAUUCAUUAUUCUAUUGUAGAAGAAAUGAGAAAAGACUCUGUUAUAGCAAAUAUUGCAGAAGACCUUGGAUUAGAUAUUAAACAGCUCUCAUCUAGGAAACUGAGAAUUGUAUCUCGUGUCUCAGAGAAAUAUUUUUCUGUAAAUGUAGAUAAUGGAAAUCUGUACAUUAAAGACAGGAUAGACAGAGAGACACUGUGUGAGACAGAAGCUACCUGCUUCCUAACCUUUGAUGCUGUGGUUGAAAAUCCAUUUACCAUUUUUAAGAUCAAAGUUGAAAUUCAGGAUGUAAAUGAUAAUUAUCCACACUUUUUUCAUAACACCAUCAUAUUAGAAAUUAUUGAAUUAACCUCACCGGGAGCCAGAUUUGUUUUGCAAAAUGCAGAAGAUCCAGAUAUUGGUAUUAAUUCAGUACAGACAUACAGGCUCAGUGACAAUCAGUAUUUUACACUUACUACAAAGACCAGAGCAGAUGGGAGUAAAUUUCCAGAGCUUGUGUUAGAGAAACCUUUAGAUCGAGAGACACAGAAUGUUCAUGAAUUAAUUGUAUUAGUCUUGGAUGGAGGAAAUCCAGUGAAGUCUGGGACUGCUUUGGUAAAGGUCAUUGUUACUGAUGGUAAUGAUAAUGCUCCUACAUUUACUCAGGAUUUGUAUAAAGUCACCAUAAAAGAAAAUAAUCCAAUUAACUCCACAGUAAUUGUACUAAAUGCAACUGACAGAGAUGAAGGGAUAAAUGCAGAGAUCACAUAUUCUUUCAGCAAAACCUCAGGAGAUCUCCAUCAUACAGGGAUUUUUAGUAUUCAUCCUACAAAUGGGGAAAUUAAAACAAAUAAAUAUUUGGAUUUUGAAGUAACAAAAAAAUAUGAACUGUCUGUUCAAGCAAAGGAUGGAGGUGGACUUGUUGCUCAUUCCAAGGUAUUGAUAGAAGUAACAGAUGAGAAUGACAAUGUUCCAGAUAUAUCUAUCACCUCAUUCUCUAGUCCUAUUCCUGAGGAUUGUGAGCCAGGUACAAUGAUAGCUCUGAUUGAAAUUCAUGAUAAAGAUUCAGGAGAAAAUGGAGAAGUUGACUGUAACAUUAUAGAAAAAAUUCCAUUUGAUUUAUUUUCAUCUGACAGUUACUACAGGAUAGUUUCAAGAAAUGUUCUGGACAGAGAGAAAGUAUCUAGUUAUAACAUCACAAUUGUAGCUACUGACAGAGGAUCUCCCCCACUUUCCAGUAGAAGAACCAUCAGGCUGGAGAUAUCAGAUGUUAAUGACAAUCCACCAAUAUUUAUGAAAUCUUCUUAUGUUGCUUAUGUGCCAGAGAACAACUUACCAGGAGCCUCAAUAUGCAGUGUACAAGCAUCAGACCCUGAUACUGGAGACAAUGCUAAAAUUAUUUAUUCAAUUUCCAAUACUAAUACAGAAGAACUCCCAGUGUCCUCAUAUCUGUCAAUCAAUAUAGAGACUGGGGUUCUCUAUGCUCAGAGAUCAUUUGAUUAUGAGCAGCACAAGGAAUUUCUAAUAAAAGUAACUGCUAGAGACAAUGGAUCCCCAUCUCUGAGCAGCAAUGCAACACUAAUUAUCUGCAUAGUGGAUCGGAAUGAUAAUGCACCGAAGAUUUUAUACCCAUCAGCAGACAUUGGUGGCCCAGCUGUGUUUGAGAUGGUCCCUUUUGCCUCUGAACAAGGAUCAUUAAUAACUAAGGUGGUUGCAGUGGAUUCAGACUCUGGACAUAAUGCUUGGCUCUCAUAUCACUUCAUACAAGUGUCAGAACCAUCUCACUUUACCAUCAGUCAGCACACGGGUGAGAUCAGGACAUCACGUGUCUUUCAUGAUAAGGAUAUAUUGAAUCACAAGGUUGUGGUGAUGGUGAAAGACAAUGGUGACCCAUCUCUUACAGCUACAGUCACCUUAAGUCUCAUUGUUGCAGAUAAUUUCCAACAGGUGGUUCCUAAACUCAGUAAUCAGCUCAAAGAUGAAGAUCCCCAAUCCAAUCUACAGCUGUACUUAGUGAUCGCACUUGCUCUCAUUUCCUUGCUAUUUAUUAUAACUGUUUUGUUGGUCAUUAUAUCAAAAUGUAAACAAUCAAAGCCUUUACCAACCUUUACUUCUCUAAGUACAAAUCUGUAUCCUCCAGUUGAUCCCAGGAUGCUCUCUAUGUAUAGCGAUGGAUCUUUACCAUUUCCUUACUCAUACAAUGUAUGUGUGGCUUUGGAUUCCAGUGAAAGUGACUUUACUUAUAGGAAACCAAAUCAAAAUGUCCCUGUAGAAAAUCUCAUUGAUGCUGAUGAUUCUGGACUUGGUAAAGAAACCUUUCCAAUCAGUGAUGAGGUGAGUUUUUAUAACAAAGAGAAUGUUAUGUGAGUUUUCCUAUAAGACAGAUAUUGUUUCUUAUUAAACUUUCUUAAACUAGU